AUGGAGAGAGAUAUCCAAAACGGUGAGUAUGAUGGUAGUAGAGUUAUGACGGAGGAGCAGAUGGAGGUUCUCCGUAAGCAGAUCGCCAUUUACGCCGUCAUUUGUGAACAGCUCGCCGUCCUCCACAAUUCUCUCUCUUCUUUCCAUCCUCUCUCAUCAGCUUCAGGAACAAAUGGAUACAUUGAUUCGAUGGUGGCAUCAUCAAGCGCUCAUAGGAUGUCGAGUCGGCAACGAUGGACUCCGACAUCGAAGCAGCUUCAAAUACUUGAGAGUCUUUACGAGGAAGGAAGUGGAACACCGAAUCGUCUGAGGAUUAGAGAGAUCGCUACGGAACUGUCUGAACUCGGACAGAUCACAGAGACAAAUGUUUACAACUGGUUUCAGAACCGGCGUGCUCGGUCCAAACGAAAGCCUCAGACGACGACGACGACGACUGGUCAGGCCGAUGAUGCGGCCGUGACGACUGAGGAUGAGGAGAGGAGGACUUGUGGAGAUUCUGGAGGAUUUGAGUCUUAUGACCAUAUACUCUUCCCCAGUCCUGAUUUAGGGAUUGAGCAUUUGUUGAGUAGAGGGGAAAUUUCUGGAGAGUUAAGUUCAUAUAGACUGAAAUAA